CUAGGAUAUGGGCGUGUUCAGCAAGUGGUCGAUACUUGAGAAAGUAGAGGACAGACUGGAGGGUCAGAUUAUCGGUAACUUCAACUACCCUUUUGUAAAGGAUGAUCUGGAUCCCAAUCUAUUGGUGUACAGCGACCGACCCAUGGAAUUCUACGUUUCAUGUGUAGUUUUAGUGGUGUCGAGUAUUAUAUCUACUAUCUGGAUCAUUGUUACUCUCUUCACUCCGCUCUCCUUAGGACAGGGUAUCAUAUUCCCCGUCGCUCUUGUCAUCUACUUCUUUUAUAGAGCUACUCAAACUUUCAAGACGAGAUCGUACAGAGUGAACGUAGACGCGGGAUUCUACCAGUUCCACGUGGGCGGAGAGCAGGUGCAAAAGGGAAAACUACAUAACCUGUACUUUAGACUUCAUGAGAGAUCCACUACUGGUUUUCCUUACUACGAGAUAGUGUUGAAUGGUUACAAAGUCUCAUGUGUCAGUUUGUCGGGAUUCUCCAAGAACAUCAGAAAAAUGAGGGAAUUAGGUAAAGGGAUGUCUAAAAGAUUAUCAAUCAAUUAUUUCGACUGCAAGGACGUUUCUGCCCAUCACAUUGUACAUUGGGAGCGGCCUCCAGAUCUAAGCAGCAGCUCCCAUUCACUGCUAGAUGAGACGAAUUACAAGAUACUGUGAUGCCUCAAAUAUUUGUCCCCCGAGUACCGUCUGCAAGAAAUAGAGCUGUGGUUUCUCAACCUGGAGCAUCAGGAUCCUGGUCUCUGGAGCCGAAAUAGAGUUGCCGACCAUCAAUUAGAGGCGCAGAAUAUUUCUACCUACACAUUACACAAGUACACAACUACAGUGUCCACCCAGUGUCUACCCAGUGUCUACCAAAUAUCUACGAGUCCACUACAAGUCCACUACACUCACUUGUACUUGUUUAUCUCAGAGAACUUCCCUCCACUGUCCAGUAGUCCGGCAAAACAGAGCGACGUUGAGAUUAGGAUUAUCUUGUGAGCAAAUAUUUCCCUCUCUCCUGAUGAGGAAUUGUUAACUAAUUUACUGUGGACAGUUAAUAUAAAUUGAUUGCUAAUUUAGACAAUGUUAAUUGUGAACCUUGUUAUCUUGUUAAUCUGGGGGACUUGAAUUUCACAGCUGAGAUAAGCCCAACUGGCACGAUCAGAGUUUUAAAGAGCUAAAAUAUUAUGAAAAUAUUAAACAAAUUUCACCACCAAGUUCAUUACUUGCUCGCAGUGUAAAAAUGAAUCUCACACCGGAACCCUACCUGCAGUGAUGACGAAAUCACAGAGAAGGUUACGCUUUCUGAAGUCGUUCAUGGCGAUCAUGCAUACUGAGUUGUGAUUUCUGUCCUCUAGCAAUAGUUUACCGUCCAACCGUGCUCGCUUUCGUGAUAUCGGCUGUAGCUUCCUCAUACUGAGAGGGAAUAGUUUUUAACAUGUUUUUUGAAUAAUCAUCGAGCUGAAUGUAUCGUAAAUUUUACUUUCAGUAAAUCAGUCUUGCGAUUUCCAAAAUAAAUUCAGAUUCUGUAAACUUUCAGGGCAUCGAAUCAAUCACGCUCUUCUUUAAAAGAUCGCUUCAAAACUUACGAAAUGGGUGAAACAGAUUUUCAAUUCAUAUCUAUAUCAGAAAUCCUCUUCAUAUUAGCAAUCAUAUUCAUAAAUCAUAACCAUAACGUGGUAGCGGUACUUAUAAUUCACGGUUUUAUUUAUAUAAUACACCAGUGGUAAAAUUAGAUGGUGAAAAGUGUUAAGAACUAGCGUUACCUAGGUGACAGGCCAUUGGACAUGUUAUCGGGUGUCCUGGUCCGUGCUGGAAUCUCAAAAUUCGUGAUACCAUGCUUCAUCCUAGAAAGGGAGGGGAGGUUAGAAGUUCCAAUGAUCACAGCCUAGAUCACGUGACUAACACCAUUCAAAUGACUGUGCCCACGAUGAAUUGUACCCGUGGUAACAGGAAUUAGAGUGCACGUAGGACUUUAGGGUAGUUGUAGAGGUGUAUAUUCAGGGAGGUAAUGCACACCUGGCAGCUCUAAAACAAUCAGACGAGAGCAGAUAUGUUAUUUUUCAUAACUAAAUCAUGUGUGAAAAUUACUGAUCGCCGAUCACCCAACGCACCUUAAAAAUGAAUGGCCAUGUAUUUUUGUACAGCAGCUAAACAAUGUUUCUGGUGUCGGUGAUCAAUUUGAGUUCGCAGAUUCUGAUUCUCGGUUCACAGUUUGUGGUUCUCAGUGGACAGUUCUCCUCAGUUCGGUGCAGAUCACGAGGCGAAGAGAGGGGGAGUUGUGAGCGCUGGACAGUGAGACGUGUUGACAGGGUCCGGAAUAAUGCGAUAGAAUUAUCAGCUGAUAUGUUGUGAUAAGAGGUGACGUUAUCGCACCUAACCAAGUAUCGAGUUCGUGUGACUUUCUAAUGAUUUCUAUUAUCAAUGAGAUCGUGGAACGAAAGUAGCGUACAUUUGAUUAGACUGUGGUUUUCAGCUAAAAAUGAGUCAUUAUCAGAUUUCUGUUGCAAAACUUGCUGGCACAUUCGAAAGUGCUACGAAAUACGAAAAACGACUUUUUCGAAUCCCCAGAAUGAACUUAAUGAUUACAAGAUGAUCAAAAUGGUGUUGAAAAGGUGGCUUAAAGUUUGGAAAACAAGCUAUGAUUCCAAGAAUACCUCUUCUUUUGACCACCUUAUGGCCACCUUCCGGGCUGACGCAUGCAAUGAUUACUGACUUCUCGAAUACAGGUUGCACAAGUGCGGGAGAUUGAGAUUAGAUAGAUGUUCCCCCACACCUUGCAUAAAUUGAUCUCCAUCAUACCCCGGCUCAACUCUAACUUUAGGACACAAAAGGUAGUCAACAAACAAAUAAGACGUUGCAAGGCAUGGCAGAGCAGCCAGCUUAUCUAGAUUAAGAUGGAAAGUGGCCAUGAUGAAGAGAUAAGCUGAUCGGAAUAUGAGAGUUAAUAUAGGGAGUGCAGCAGGGCAGAGUGGGCACCAGACAGCAGCAGUGCCCGCUACUACUACUAGCGAUCUAUCCUUACCAGGUGUCCCUCUAAAUUUAUUAAAAAAACAGGUGUUGAUCUGCGAGCCGCCCUCCCUCCUACCCUCGAGCUGCAAUGUGUUACCCUACAGAACUUGUACUCUAUCUUCGUCAUCGCCAUCAUCCAACCACCACAUUAGCCAAUCAUGAUCAUCAUACCUCGUCGUUAUUCAAUAAGCGUGCAGCGUUUGACCCACGUGGCGCGUCUUAACCAAUCUGCUCACGAUUUGCCAAGUCACGUGACCACUGGUAGCCAAUCAGAGAAGCUGAGCGAGGUGGAAUAGCCCAAUGGGUGGGCGGGAGAUUUAUAAUAUAGUCGAGCAGGUGUACAGAAAGACAGGUGUUCUCUGAGUCUCAAGGCAAUAGUUUACAGCUUACCGAACGGGAGUUUAAUUUCUCUAACUACGCUUUUACCUUAGCUGAAUCGCUCGUAAAAACCGGCGCUGUGAGUGUGAUAGAGCAAGGCUAUAACGUUUCACGAGUAAAAAAUUAGGCAAAAACACGUGGAACAAAAACAAUUCAUCAUAGAAAUAUCUAGUUCCAGCUCUUCUUUGAAUUUUGAUAACAUGACUGUCACCAAGGAUUGUGAUAAUCAAUCUUUCAUCUGUAUUAAUCGACAAGAAGUUCUCCGACAGUCCUCCCCCUAAAACUGAACGAAAAGGGUAACAGCAAUCAAACCACAAUAUCAACAAACCAAGACAAACAGAAUACACUCACACGCGAAAAUACAAAGAUAGAUCUCUCUCUGCCUCGGCGAUAACCGCCGAAUUAUCUUUUCUUAUCUUCUUACCUUAUCUGCAAUCCUGUGAUAGAUUAAAUGCCAUAUCAGGUUACACGCCGAACGUAUAUAUGCUGACUUCCGCGUAAUUUCACUGUGUCAGUCACCCCCCACAACUGCUCUUAUCUUCGCGGAUUAUUGGCUCGAGAUCGAUCAUAAUUUGGUGCCAAAGUAAUUGACUAUAGAUAUUAAUAUCAUGGGAACAUCGAAGAUCAUCCCGACGAAUAAUAUUAAUGUCGUGAAUCAUGUAUAAUGCAUAGGUCUAUACAGACCUAUGUAUAGUAUAUCAUGGUCAAGGGGGCGUGGGUACACUUCAUCAUGUUCCAAUUUAUCUCCAAGAGUAUUAUCCAUUUAUUUUGGGCUUAUCAUGAGUCACUGGGCGUUACUAAAUAAUUUUACCCGCAUUUAGCAGUUCCUUAUCGCUGAAUUUGGAAGUCCGUAUCGGUUCAUUUGUAUUUCAAAUAUUAUGUGCAUUUAUUUCCAAUUGCAUAUUUUGGGUAUUCUGAGUAUUAAAAUUUUUGCAGGUGCUUAAUAUAGGUCUUCAUUCUUGGUGAGAUAUUUUAUCUUAAGGUUUGAGGUAUUUAGGGCUUAUACUUGGAAUUUUAAUUGUGAAUCUGUAAACAAAGUUA